CCGUAUCGUGGCGAGCCCGAGUGGAUUGGUUGUCAGGCGAGCACGUGGUUGGUGCUGUGGGACUCGUGGUUUAUUCCUUCCUCACACGCCCAGUCUCCUCCACCUGCCUGUCACAGCGACAAAGAUCUCAACAACGUCAACAACAGAGAGGCCGUGAGCGUGCGCUUGGCGUCACAGCACCAUGGGCUUGUUUUCGGCCUGCUUCAUCGUACUGGAUCUUCCCUCAUGGCCCCGACGUCAGCGGCUACAGCUCAAGGAGCAACUCACCGCCCAUGGCGCAAUCAUCUCGCACGCUGUCACCUCCCACUGCACGCAUCUGGUGGUGUCGGCAGAAGGGGCUGGCUCUCCCUCGCGCUUGAAGCUGGCAGCCAAGCACGGCGUGCGAGUCGUGUGCCCGGAGUUCCUGGAUCGGUGCUUCGCGACAGGACAGCUCUUAGAGCCGGCGCUCGCCGACGAUCCUGCCGACAACAACAACAUCGCCGUCGGCAAUGAAGAACGAGAAAAUGGUGUCGUAACUAGUGCUAUCCGUACCAAAACACGAGAUCACAAACGAGGACCGCCAGCAGAGGAAACAUUUGAGCUCAACAAAGUCAAGCUUUGGGUUGAUGAUGAUGAGGACAUCAACCGGCCCGCUUUCCCAGAGGAGUUUGAGAUGGUGCGAUCUGCAAUUUUCUGUAAGACGAGUGAGAAGGAGCAGACGAAGGAGCAGUAUUGGGCGGUCGUAGAAGUUCAAGCAGCUCCACACUCCAGCGGCCUCGUCUUCCGUGUUGCUGCCUACCACGCCACCUGCAAGAACUCCGACAAGGUGACCAGCAGACUGACGAAAGUGCGGAUGGCUGGGAGUGGACGGGAGGCCGAGGUGUUUUUGGGCCACGCCUGCGAGGUCCUCACAGGAGAGCGGUGCGGCAUGGUCAAGGUGGAUCAGCUUCCCGGCGACCUCCAACUCGGCUCUCGCAUGUUCCAACAGGCACAGACGGAGAUCUCCAUGGCGAAUUUUCACCUGUCCAAGGAGGUCGGCCGUUUUGUGUCGACCGUAUGGUCCGAGGCCUUGGGGCAUCUCUCCCAGAUCCUUCAAGUGCCCAUAUUGCUGAUCGAGCCUAAGCAGGUCACCAAAGCAGAAGCUAUACUGCUGCAGCUGAAGAAGGCAGUGCUGAGCAAAGAUGUACAUGAUGAAGGUGCAUUGGAGAGACUGUCAAACGAGUUUUACAAGAUCAUCCCUCAGAAACACGUGGCUGUUUGUCCACUUACAGGCAUGGCCAGUAUCUCAGCAAAACUUGACCUUUGCCAGCUGAUCCGCGACGUUGUGGAUGCGAACGAGGCGACGAGGAAUAAAAACACGGGCGGAGACGAUAGCUCGAUGAGAAAAGAAAAUUUGGCUUUGAAAAAGCUGACGGCGUCGUCACACAGCGCCACGACGCUGGCGCAGUUCACUGCCCUGCGCUGCUCCCUGCUCCACCUGGAGCCCAACUCCAGUGACUUCAACAGCAUCCGCAAUCAGCUGCUCCAGUCCAGCCACGGGAGACUCGAUGGUUUCAAGAUCCUGAAGAUUUUUCGUGUGGAUCGCCCCGCGGAGAUCGGGCAGUUCCGCUCAGAGGUCGGGAACACGCGUUCCUUGUUCCACGCCUUCGCUCCGCGCAGCCUGCUCGGCAUCCUGUCCAGGGGCCUGCUGCUGCCCAAGACGGUGGUGGGGGAGUUUGGAGUGGAGCGCACGGACAUUGGCAUGCUGGGAUGUGGCAUUUACUUCAGUGACUCCAUAAGCACGAGCGUGAAGUACGCUCGGCGCGCCGCAGCUCGAGACGGUGGCCGCGUGCUCGCCGUGUGCGACGUGGCGCUGGGCCGCUGCCACUUGGUGCGCCGCCGCGACCGCUCGCUCGCCGCGCCUCCGCAGGGCCACGACAGCCUGCACGGCGCGCGCGCCACCCCGGGCACCGCCUCCGAGUUUGAGGACGACGAGUUUGUGAUUUACGAUCCCCGGCAGCAGAAGCUCCGCUACAUCGUUCAGUUUUGCCUGGAAUCUGACGUGGUGAAAGAGGAGGAGAACUCGGACGCUGAAGAGUUUUAUGAAGCCCCAGAAACCCCUGCCGAUGAGAGAAUUCUUCCUGAGCCCAACAUCCCGGAGUUGCUGCCUGAGCAAGGAGAACCGAAGCAGAGGCUGAGCGGGUUACACUCGGGCGUGGGGUCGCCCGUGCCUCUCAAGGCCGUGCACGUGCGGGCAAACAUCCUCGAUUUUACCGCCCAGGUGGUGGUGAUGCAGGAGUACGACAACAACAGCACGGAGCCCAUCGAGGCCAAGUACACCUUCCCACUUGACGAGAUGGCGGCUGUGUGCAGCUUCGAGGCCUUUAUCAACGGCAAGCACAUCGUGGGGCAGGUGAAGGAAAAAGAGACCGCCCACCAGCAGUACCGCAAUGCAGUGAGCCAGGGCCAUGGGGCCUAUCUCAUGGACCAGGAGUCCCCGGACGUGUUUGUGGUCAGCGUGGGGAACCUGCCGCCGGCGUGCCGCGUGCUCAUCAAGGUCACCUACGUGUGCGAGCUCGCCGCCGAAGGGGCCGCCGUCCGCUUCCGGCUGCCGGGGAACCUGGCGCCGUGGCAACAGCGGCUCGCCACCGGCGACGUCACUCAGGAAACGGUGGAGACGCUGGCGGUGGCAAAGCACUCUGGACGCUUGUCGGUGCAGGUGUCUGUGGAAAUGCCGUACGAAAUCAUCAACGUUACCUCUCCCACGCACGCCAUCCGCGUCAAGCGUACGGCAUGCAAGGCCGUGGUGGAGCUGGCGUCCAGCGACGACUCGCUGGGGUCGGAGUUCCAGCUGCUCGUGUUCCCGGCCCAGAUCCACGAGCCGCGCAUGUGGGUGGAGCAAAACCCCGAGACGGACAGCCAGGCCUGCAUCCUGACCUUCUACCCGGAGUUUGCACCGAGCCACUCGGAAGGUGUGGACAUCGUCCUGUGUCUCGACUGCUCGGCUUCGAUGACAACGCAGCCAUUAACCGACGUGAAGAGACUGGCCCUCUUCGCUCUCCGGCACCUCCCGCCCGGAAGCAGAUUCAACGUGCUCAAGUUUGGCACGCACUACAAGGAGCUCUUCCCUGUUUUCCGUGAAUCCAGCCCAUCCAAUAUCGCAACAGCAGUUAGCUUUAUAAAGCGCUUGCACGCCGACGCGGGCAACACGGAGCUGUGGCGCCCUCUGCGCAGCGUGGCGCUGCUGGCCGGGGGCGUGGGCGGGAGCCGGGACGCGGCGGCUCCGCCGGUGUCCGUGCUGCUGCUCACGGACGGCGUGGCCCAGUCGGAGGCGCGCGCCACGCGGGAGGCACGGGAGAACGUGCGGCUCUUGCGGGUCCUCGCCUGCGGGGUCGGUGAAACGCCAAACAGAUAUUUCCUGAAUGCUUUGGCACGAAACAGCGGAGGUGCUUGUGAAUUCUUCACCGCUAAAAACAGAUCAACGUGGACAGACAAGAUGCUGGCGCUGAUGGAGAAGGCGACGCAGCCGGUGUGCCGCGACGUCACCGUCGAGUGGCAGCGCUUCGACCGCGGCGCCCUCGGCGGCGAUCGCGUGGAGAUGCAGGCUCCCAGGAUGAUCCGCUCCGUGUUUUGCGGCACGCGGCUCGUCGUGUACGGAAUCGUGCCGCACUGCACGCAGGCAACGCUCCAUGCCAUUAUCAACAACCAAGAGUUCUCUACGAUGGUGUCGACCAGCAAUUUGCAGAUCACGCGUGGAAAGAUGCUGCACAGGCUGACGGCUCACGCCAUCAUCCAAGACUACGAGGACGGGAACCUGCAUCCGGACGAGACGCAGCACGAGGUCAUAAUAGCAGAAAUGAAGAGUCGAAUCAUCGAGUUGAGCAAGGAGUAUUCGAUUAUAACGCCGUACACCAGCUUCGUGGCGGUGGAGGAAAGAGACUCUACACUGGCCGAUGAAGCGACAGGCCCUGCACUGGACGAGCUGCUCUCCAAGGAGUCUGUGGACUUCCUGCCCUACGUGGGCUGGGUGGAGGAGGAGAAGGCGAGGAAGAAGAAGGGUUCAAUGCAGUUCCACCUGCGGGCAGAAAAAACAAAAGCACCGGUCGGUGGAAGAGGAGGCUUGGCCUCCUCGAAAAUAAAAUAUAGGAAAACACGUCCAGCAUGUUUUAGUUUGAUACCUGAAAAAACUGAACAAACUCCCGAAAUUGAAUUCGGCAGUGCAGCUGAACGUGCAAAUUUGUCUCCGUUUGAAAUAGAGGCUGCAGCAGACACGGCCUCUCAGUAUCCUUCUGAAAUCCAGCCAAAAUUUGCUCAUGCAAGUGUAGAAGCGGUACCGUGUUCCAAUGAAGGUCCAUUAAAUCUCUCCAGACGAGAUGUUAAGGACCAUGGUGUGUCAGCUUCACGCAUAACCACGAUGUCUGCUAGCAGUAGAUUUGGUGAACGCCAUCUUUUACACCGAGCCGCACCAGUGAUCUUAAAAGAAGCAUUUGAAUGUCGGCGAUCUCAACAAGGAUUCGGCAGCUCAGCUUACGCACCUCGAUCUGUCGUUCACCAACUGAAUUCCGCUGAAACACCAGUGCCUCUUAUCAGAGCUCAAGCAUUCGCCCCAUUAACCAUCUUCGAUAACGUGCAGCCUCCAGGUGUUUCUCUGGGCGUCAUUGCGAUGGAAACGCCGAGCAGGUUCACUCCACCUUAUCAAGACACCUUUGAGCGGGGACAGGCAAGGAGACAAUCGGACCGUUUCACUAAUAGUGCCUAUCCCUUUAAACCUCAAAAAUGCUUGGCUCGCGUUAAAAAACCUCCACCUCCACUAUUAUGUUUUACGGCCCGUAGCCCAUCAAGUGCGGCACUAAUGCCCGACGUCCACGAGCUUAGAGCUGCUGGUUUAAUGAGCAGAGUGCCUGAAUGUGCAAAACGAGACGUGUGCGCAUUGCAACUACCUAACAGGGAUUCACCACCAACUGACUUUCCAGAACCUCCACGUCUCCCGCCUCCACCUCCAGCGCAGCAUGCCUCGCGUUUUGGACAACCAAUGCACGAUGACUUUCAGUCUUCAACUUGUCAAGCAGCCAGCCGACUUUGUGAAGAGUCUCCGUUUGGAGGCUCGUCCAAUUUAUCGGAGAGUUUCAGCAGCGAGGAUGAUUAUGGGAUGCCUUUUGAAAGUUGUCUAAUGUUCCACACAUCACCUGGAGUUUCCCUGUGUGGCAGCAGUGGGUCAUCCGAGUUCUCCGAUACGACCCCUUGGCAACACGCUGACUUGAGCAAGAUCACGUGUCUUCAAAACAAGGAUGGGUCCUGGGAUGGUGGCGUGGAGCUGUCCUCCCUCGUUGGCUGGAGCCCAGAUCACAUCACCGUCAUUCUGAAGAAGCAGGGCAUACAGUCCCUAGGGCUACGCAUGGAGGAAGCCAUCGUCCGGCUGGUGUGGACGCUGCUCGUGCUGCAGAUCCUGCGCCUGCGCAUGGGGCUGGCCUCGAGCCUGAAUGAGUUUGUGCUGUUGCUGCUCCGACGAGACGUCAGCACGUUGGCUGAGCUGGAUAUGUUCAUGCCGGGGAGUGCCGACGCAUUUGCGCGAGCGGCCUCCUGGAUCCGGUCGACGGAGAGCGUGUGCCCGUGCGUGUGCACGCGGCUCGAGCUGGGCCCCAACUGGCAGGCAGCCACCUGCAGUCUGCUUGGAGUGGCCUGAUGGAGUCUGCACGUGCCUGCAAAUACACACAUGCCCGCACGCACACACGCAGCCGUACGCUCGCGCACGCAUACACGCGCACAUAUACACUCGCGUAUGUUAAGGGAACUUCCAGAGGAGUAUGUCAUUUAAGGGUUAAGUGGUUUCGACGAUAACGCAAGACGUGAUACACUCGGAUGAGACUCUCAAGAUUCGCGGCGAAUCCACUCGUAAAAAGCAUUCCCGAUUAACUGGCGCGUGCCCUUUUUCUGGCUCUCUGGGCCGUUCUCUGUUCUUUUCAAUGAACCCUUUAACUUCCCGUCCCAGCUCAUUGACCAGCCUCCAUUUACCGUUUGAACUACGUGGGUAUUUACCCUUCAAAUCCCCUGGCCAAUCAAGAAUUGAAGGUCAGGCGUCCCGCCAACCAUGCGUGCACGCCCAGCAGCCAGCCAAUAUUUAGGUGAGCUGAGCACGUGCUCGGCUCGUAGGAGCCCUGGCAAGUGACGGGCUGGCCCAUCAAGUUAAAGGGCGCUCCCCGUUUACGUUUUAAGAAAUUUAAAGUUUUAAACUGUGAGUCAUCACAAUGCUGUAUGUGGGGCCACUUAAACAAUAAUAAAGUAUCUUCUUUGGUUCUUUCGGUAAAGUCACGUAGAAUGAGAAUAAAAUAAUAAAUUGAUAAAAUAAAAUAACACA